AUGGGUGGAUCAGUGGUUGUCAAUGUAGCUCAUAAACGAAUUUUCAAGAAUAUAAUUGGUGUCAGUGUGUUAGAUGUGGUUGAAGGUUCUGCAAUGGAUGCAUUAUCUUCCAUGACGAAAAUUUUAAGCUCUAGACCAGUAACGUUCAAUUCCUAUGAACAAGGCAUCUUAUGGAGCGUACAGUCCGACACAGUGCAUAAUGUAGAGUCUGCGCGACUUUCAAUUCCUGCAUUAUUACAACCGGUGGAGGGAGGCAAAUUAAAGUGGAUCACCGAUUUGAUCAAGACACAACCGUAUUGGUCAGAAUGGUUUGGGGGAUUAAGUGAAAAGUUUUUGAAUUCAGGUACUGCAAAGUUACUUAUACUAGCAGGUACAGAUAGAUUAGACAAACCUCUCAUCAUUGGUCAAAUGCAAGGAAAAUUUCAAUUAAGUAUCUUUCCUGAUGCUGGUCACUUUUUACAAGAGGAUACGCCAAUGAAAACAGCAAGUUCUUUAAUAGAAUUUUGGAGACGAAACCAACGUUUGAUUUUGCCUCCUAAACUCAUUGCUGAGCAUGCUCCUGAUGCCAUUAAGAGUCACGAAAUUAAGAGUUAUUUUGGUCGUAAAGUGGCUAUUGACGCUUCCAUGUGUAUCUAUCAAUUUAUGAUUGCCGUGCGUCAACAAGACGGUCAACUUUUGACAAACGACCAAGGCGAAACUACCAGUCACUUAAUGGGCAUGUUUUAUCGUACAGUACGUAUGGUUGACAACGGUAUCAAACCAGUCUAUGUAUUUGACGGAAAACCACCCACCUUAAAAUCAGGCGAAUUGGCUAAAAGAAAAGCGCGUAAAGAAGAAGCACAGGAAAAAAUGGACGAGGCAAACGAGGUUGGUACUUCAGAGGAUGUCAACAAAUACAACCGAAGAACUGUCAAAGUCACAAGAGAGCACAACGAAGAAUGCAAAAAACUCCUAAGAACAAUGGGAAUCCCUUAUGUUGAAGCUCCAUGUGAAGCAGAAGCUCAAUGUGCUGAAUUAGCAAAGGCCGGUAAAGUAUUUGGUGCUGCAUCAGAGGAUAUGGAUACCUUGACCUUUGGUACGCCCGUUUUAUUACGUCACAUGACUUACUCUGAAGCACGUAAACUCCCCAUUGAUGAAGUCAACUUGCAAAAGGCUUUGGAAGGUUUGGGUUUCACCAUGGCUCAAUUCGGCAUUGGUCCCCAAGGUGCUUACAAACUAAUCAAUGAGCACAAGUCCAUUGAUGAGGCAAUUAAACAUUUAACCUCUAAGCAAAAGGAAGGUAUACCUGAGGACUGGAAUUAUGCUGAGGCUCGUGCUCUCUUUGUCGCUCCUGAUGUGACUCCUGGAGCAGACAUCGAGCUCAGCUGGACCGAGCCUGAUGUAGAAGCUUGUGUGCAAUACAUGGUCAACGAAAAGGGUUUUGCUGAGGAUCGUAUCAGAAAGGGAUGUGAAAAGCUUGGAGCAAAAUUAAAGCAAGCUACACAAACAAGAGUACAAGAUUUUUUCAAGGUGAUGCCUUCUACAUCCACUGCCAAAAAGCCUGAUACAAAGAAAAGAGGUGCAAAGGAAACAUCAAAGAGAGGAGGAGGAUCCAAGAGAGGAAGAAGAUAA